GGAACCUCUUCUGCACGACAACGACGACAUCACGACCUGCCAUCCAUCGCACAGACAAGGCCGCAACACCAUUAUUCAGUCGCAGGAAACGCCAGUGAGCCUGCCUUAAGUCCACAGCUCAAGAAUAACGCCAGCGCAUACCCCGGGGAUCUACGAACCAAAGUCAACACAGGAAUCUUUGUUAAUUCCAACCAGAUCCGAUACAACAUGGGCAAAAGAAAAAGCUCCAGCAAGCCGCAGGGACCCAAAAAGAAAGAUCCCCUCCCUGAACUAUUCCCUUGUCUUUUCUGUAACCAUGAAGAUGCUGUGAAGCCAAAGGUUGACAAGAAAAGUGGCGUGGGCAACCUAUCCUGCAAAGUGUGCGGACAGACAUUCCAAUGCAGUAUCAACUAUCUCUCAGCACCUGUCGACGUCUAUUCCGAGUGGGUAGAUGCUGCUGACCACGUCUCGUCCAAGCAGAAGGCCGCUGCAAGUGGGUUGUCACAGGGCUUGGGCACCAGGCGAAUGGAGAGGCCUAUCGAAGAACGAGACGACGAAGGAAUUGUGGCGGACGAUGAUGAAUACUAAUAUGAGUGUGCGGGAUCCGGAUGGUCGAUGAAGCGUUCGCAAAGCGUGACACACGCCGUAAGGGACACCUGUAAGACAUCACGAGAUUAUGAGACCGGAAAUGGGACUGGCAAAUCUGAAUUCGAUGCGCAUUAGAAGAAUACGAGCAAAGGUGAUGGCAGCCGAGCACCGGUAGUAUGCGUUCUUCUACAUGGUAUAAAACCUGUCGCCAAAGUCGCCCAGUCCUGGCACGAUGUAGCUGUUC